GACGAGAUGUUGUGUAAGACGGCGAUACGGAGGCUGCUGGCGGCUGGAGGGUGCGGGAGAGUCCCGGCCGCCAGAGCCAGCCGUGAGGCGAGGACAGCAGACUGGCGUGAUAGAAUGUCCAAAGAGGAUUCAGAGCUCAGACCACUGUACAUGGAUGUUCAAGCAACAACCCCAAUGGAUCCCAGGGUACUAGACCGUAUGUUGCCUUACUUGGUGAAUUACUAUGGAAACCCUCAUUCAAGAACCCAUGCGUACGGCUGGGAGAGUGAGAAGGCUAUGGAGAAAGGACGAGAGCAAGUGGCAAACCUGAUUGGAGCAGAUCCAAGGGAGAUUGUUUUCACAAGCGGGGCCACCGAAGCAAACAAUAUUGCUGUAAAGGGAGUAGCCAGAUUCUACAAGUCCCGCAAGAAACACAUCAUCAUCACCACUCAGACCGAGCAUAAGUGUGUCCUGGAUUCAUGUCGCUCAUUAGAAGCAGAAGGAUUUCAGGUCACUUACCUUCCUGUUCAAAGGAACGGCCUAGUGGACUUAAAGGUUCUAGAAGAGGCCAUCCGACCGGACACUAGUCUAGUAUCUGUUAUGGCUGUGAACAAUGAGAUAGGAGUGAAACAGCCUAUAGCAGACAUAGGGCAUAUCUGCAGUUCCAGAAAAGUCUUCUUUCACACUGAUGCGGCACAGGCUGUCGGCAAGAUUCCACUGAAUGUGAACCAAAUGAAGAUUGAUCUGAUGAGUUUGAGUGGUCAUAAAAUCUAUGGCCCAAAAGGCGUAGGAGCAAUUUAUGUUCGCCGGCGACCUAGAGUACGAGUGGAGGCCUUGAUGAGCGGUGGAGGUCAGGAGAGGGGCCUGAGAUCUGGUACAGUUCCAACUCCGCUUACUGUGGGACUUGGGGCAGCCUGUGAGAUAUCUCAGCAGGAGUUACAGUACGACCACAAAAGAAUCGGCUACCUGGCAGAUCGCUUGAUUAAGAAUAUAAUGCAUAAUAUUCCUGAGGUUGUGUUGAAUGGAGACCCUGAGCAGCGUUACCCAGGCUGUAUAAACCUUUCAUUUGCCUAUGUGGAGGGGGAGAGUUUAUUGAUGGCAUUGAAAGAUGUUGCACUAUCUUCUGGAAGCGCUUGCACUUCGGCAUCACUAGAGCCAUCUUAUGUCUUGAGAGCUAUAGGAGCAGAUGAGGACCUCGCUCACUCCUCUAUCAGGUUUGGUAUUGGACGAUUCACAACAGAGGAAGAGGUUGACUUUACUGUUGGGAAAUGCAUCCAGGAGGUGAAACGGCUCAGAGAAAUGAGCCCAUUGUGGGAGAUGGUGCAAGAUGGGAUCGAUCUGAAAAGCAUCCAAUGGACCCAGCACUGA